UCUGAUCCGGGACUAGUUCAGUAAUCAGAUUACAGCAGGAACUGUAACGCCGUGAGGUGGAUGAAUGAGGACAUUUAACAGGUUUUCUGAGCAGACUGCUGUUCAGAGGCUUCGUGGUUCGUCAGGUUCUGCUGAGUGUUGAACACCUGCAGGACUCACCUGGACUCACCUGCCUCCUGAUGGAGCAGCACUUUGGGAUUCAUUAAAGGUGAUUUUAAAAGUGUGACAAUAAUAAUAUCAUCAUUAAAUGUGCCUCAUAAGCAUGAAUAAAAGCUGUUUUUGUAGAACUACACGACAUCCAAUGACUCUGACGGUACCUUUGGGUUACAGGUGGACCUCCAGCUUCGUCCCGUCCUGAGUCCUGCUCAUGUUUGUCUGACAGCUGCUUCAAUGACCUGGAUUUGAUGAAUGAUCUUGAACAAAGUGCAGAAGAAUAGAACCUAAGAUGUAUUUAAUAUUUAAAUAAAUAGUCUGUUGAGUUCAGGUUCUGUUCACCUUUGGCCCAGUUCUACUGAAUCACCGUGUUGAUCUGCACAGGUCCAUGAUGAGCAGCUGGUUGGUCAGAGCUGAUGGUUCUGACUGGACCUGAGUCAGUUUAUAGACAGAGAUGAUCUGACUGUAGAACAGUUCAUCACAUAUAAACUGUCGGCUGCAUCUUCACAGACAGCGAUGGGUUGAUCACCUGUCCACAGGUGAGGGUUCUGAUCCAGAGUGUUGUUUCUCUGCAGGUCUGAUUCCUCCUUCUCCUGCUGGUGGAAGCUCUGAGAAGAUGUUUUAUGCCCACUUUGUGCUCAGUAAACGAGGGCCGCUGGCCAAGAUCUGGCUGGCUGCUCACUGGGACAAGAAGCUCACCAAGGCUCACGUGUUCGAGUGCAACCUGGAGAGCAGCGUGGAGAGCAUCAUCUCCCCUAAGGUGAAAAUGGCGUUGCGGACGUCGGGCCACCUGCUGCUGGGGGUGGUGAGGAUCUACCACCGGAAAGCCAAGUACCUGCUGGCCGACUGCAACGAGGCCUUCAUCAAGAUCAAGAUGGCCUUCAGACCAGGUGUGGUGGAUCUUCCAGAGGAGAACCGAGAAGCAGCUUAUAACGCCAUCACACUUCCGGAGGAGUUCCACGAUUUCGACCAGCCGCUGCCAGACUUGGAUGACAUCGAUGUCGCUCAGCAGUUCAACCUGAACCAGAGCAGAGUGGAAGAAAUCACCAUGAGAGAGGAGGUGGGAAACCUCAACCUGCUGCAGGACAACGACUUCGCUGACUUCGGGAUGGACGACCGUGAGAUGAUGCGGGAGGAAAGUGCGUUUGAGGUGGACAUCAUGGGGGCGUCGGCCUCCAACCUGCUGCUGGAGGCUGAGGGCGGAGCCAAUCAGAUGACGGACAAGUCCAACCACCUGGAGUACGACGACCAGUACAAGGACGACUUUGGAGACAAUCCCAUGGAGAGCAGCGAGGGAGGCAUGCUGGUGGACAAACUGCUGAGUAACGAGGACGGUGGCGGCAUCUUCGAUGAUCCCCCGGCCAUCGCCGAGAGCGUGAUGAUGCCUCCGGACCACGGAGAUGAAGACGACGACUUUGACGCGCUGUCGGCUGGAGCUCCAGACAGUCCGGACUCGGGCCCAACAGAACCUCUACCGGCCAUGACGGACCAGACAGAACAAACUGCUCUGGUUCAUAACGAGGAGGAAACCUUCGCUCUGGAGCCCAUCGACAUCACAGUGAAGGAGACGAAGGCCAAGCGUAAGAGGAAGCUGAUCGUGGACAGUGUGAAGGAGCUGGACAGUAAAACCAUCAGAGCUCAGCUCUCUGACUACUCUGACAUUGUCACCACGCUGGAUCUUGCUCCGCCCACCAAGAAGCUGAUGAUGUGGAAGGAAACCGGAGGAGUCGAGAAGCUGUUCUCACUUCCAGCUCAGCCUCUGUGGAACUCCAGGCUGCUCAAGAUGUUCACCAGAUGUCUGACUCCUCUGGUGCCAGAUGAGCUGAGGAAGAGGAGAAAAGGUGGAGAAGCCGACAGUCUGGACGAGUUCUUGAAGGAUCUGGAGAACCCAGAGGUUCCACGAGAGGAAACUACAGGACACCAGCAGACAGACAUCAUGGAUCAGACCAUCCUGGAGGAGGCUAACGUCCUGCAGACAGCAGCUGUGGAGGGCAGCAGGACGACGCUGGACGAAGCCGUGAUGCCUCCUCCAUCUUCACAGCGAGGCCUGAAACGUAAAGUCCAGGAGACGGAGCCGGCUCUACCUAUGGGAGCUGUGGACCAGCAGCAGCAGAUGGACUCCUCUGCUGUAGAGUUACCUCCUGAAGACACCACCAACAUCAGCCAGCUGAUCGAGCUGGACCUGCUGGCCGAUAAGGACAAGAAGAAGAGCGAGGACGACUCCGAUGAAGAGGAGGACGAGGCUCAGGGAGGAGACCAGGACCAGGAGGAGAGGAGGUGGAACAAGAGAACCCAGCAGAUGCUUCACGGGCUGCAGAGGGUGAUGGCCAAAACCGGAGCCCAGUCCGUCAGUCUGCUGGACCUGUGUCGGAACAACAACCGCAAGCAGGCGGCCGCCAAGUUCUACAGCUUCCUGGUUCUGAAGAAGCAGCAGGCGGUGGAGCUGGUUCAGGAGGAGCCGUACAGCGACAUCGUGGCCACGCCGGGUCCCCGGUUCCACAUCAUCUGAACCCUGAACCCUGAACCCUGGACCCUGAACCUCGGGCUGAAGCUCUGCAGUUCCAUCUUCAUUCAAGUGUCAUGUGUUGGAUGUGUGGCCUUAAGUCAACAUGAAGCAGCAGAACAGGUUCACAGAUCCAUAAACGGACCUUUUUAUUUCUUAGUUAUUGCAUUUUGGAUGAUUUGUGCUGUUUGAUGAUGGUGUUGUGUGGAGCUCAUCCAGACGGUGCUUCACACGACGAUUCUGUCUAAAACCUACAAACUAAAGAACGUGUCGCAGCAGUUUCAUGUCGUUAAUGUCGCUCCAGGAUUUUUGUACAUUUUGUUAUUUUCAGUAUUUUUCAGAUGUACAAUUUUCAGACACU